GUUUGAUGCUCUAUAUAACGUAAUUGGUUUUUGCUACACAUUUUUAAAUAUACAACAAAAUAAGCCAGAAAGUACAACAUGUUGUCGGCUGCUAAGGUACGAAUUCAUGGAAUGCAAGAUGACAAUUGGGUGAUAAAAGAUAAAAUUAAUCAAUAUCGAGGCCUGAUAAAACUGUAUGAAAGGGAUCGCAAGAUCCAUGAGGGGGACCUGGCGAAGCAGAAGAAGCGGUACAGCCGCGACAUCCGCCAGAUGCGUAAGGACAUCACGACGAAGCGCGGCGAGCUCGGCGUGGCGGUGUACGGCGACAAGCAGUUCCUGCGCAACGCUUUCCAGGAGCACCGGCGGCUGCAGCUCACCUAUAUGAACAGCAAAGCUGACAAAGUUGUAGAGAGUAUACACCAAGAAAACUUCAACAAGAGAAAACAACUUGACAGAAUUAGAUAUACUAAGAAACAGAAAAUGGAAAAGUUUCGUCUAACGCAGCUCCAGUCAGCAGAAUUACGUGAUCGGCUGUUGUACGAAAGUAGCGGGAAGCUACCCGCGGAGAUAAAAGAGCAAGCAGUGGCCAAUUAUGUACAACGCGCCAACAUUAAAAAGAACGCAGCUCUCGCAAUCAAAGUCAUGUACAAGAAGAUCCUAGACAUUCUUAAAAAGGACUCGUCAUACUACACCGUAGUGUUGGAAGCGUUGAAGCUGGACUGCCGCACGCAGGGCAAGUGCCUGAUGGGCGCGACCGAGAUGGGGCAGCUCGCCAUGGAGUACCUCGACGACCGCAAGUACGAGUUUAACAAGCUGGAGAAAGAAAUCAAAGCAAACAUGAAAGAGAGGCAGAGGACCCUCAAACUAGUCCGACGAGAAGUCGCAUAUUUGACUAACUCAUUCCCUAAAUUGAUACGGAAGGAGGAAGCUACUAACUUGGACGACUUGUACGAGGACGAUGACGAUCAGAGCCACCACUCCGUGCACUGGGAGCUGGAAGAAGUCAUGGGCAUCUGCAAGCGUCUGCAGAAAGCAACCCUCGUGUCGUCCUUUGACCAGAUACUAUUAAGGCUAAAGGAGCAAACGUAUCAAACGGAACGGCUAAUGAUGCAGCUGCGGCUGAACAGCAUGAAGCGCAACGCCCUGCUCGAGAACCGCAAGCACGGCACCCUCAUGCUCGACAUGCUGAAGAACGUCGGUCAGGAGAACACUAAGCAAUACGUGGAAGAGAAAAAUCUUCUAAGGGCUCAGUUAGAUGCAGAAGAACGCGAAGAGGCCGCGCUCAGCCGCUCCUUGAACGGGAAAGGGCAGCUCAUUAUUAAGAUGAAGACUUCUCUUCAACAGAUCAAUCAGCUGCUUUCCAGCGUCGGUGCCCCGAACGCGCCGCGGUUUGGCGGAGCGCCGGCAGCCGCCCAAUAUCUUCGCGACGACUAUAUACAGCCUGUGGCCGAGGUGGAGGCAGACUUCGACAAGCUGCUGGCGACGGCAAAGCAGAAGAUCAACGUGCUGGUGGGCGCGCUGGCCAAGAUGGAGGUGUCCAGCGAGGACCGGCUGGCCGCCAACCUCUUCUACCACAACAUCCUGGCGCGCUUCAUGCGCGACAACUACAAGGAGGAAGUGGUCGCCGAAGGAGGACUGAUCGAGUUCGAAAUGGAGGACCCCAACGUGCCGGGACACGCCACCAUCAAACUGCGCAGCAAGCAGCUGGUCGAGGCGCAGGUCAGCGAGUUCGACGUCCCCGACACCAAGAAGUGAACACUGC